AUGGAAAAUGUUAUUCCACAUUUAGAUAUACAGACUACAAAACUGCAAGAUUAUGUCGAUGGAGUACUUGGCCUUGGGCUGAAUAAUGUAGGAACAAACAGCAAACCUUUUAUCAGGAGCAUCAUCGACCAAGGUAUUAUUGGAACCAAAGUAUUCAGUAUAUGGUUGAAUCCGGAAUAUCAUUCCAGUGGAUAUAUAACAUACGGGGACAUUGAUGCGCGGUGUGAACUUUUAAACGAUGACCGUCCAUUUUAUUUCUCUUCAUAUGUUUUCUCGGUCCAUUCGUUGGAAAUGUUUCAUUUUAUUGGAGCGUAUCUCAAAGCUGAAAUUGACUUGGAUGAGGUGCUAUCUAUGCCGCCAGCCAUAGCAGGUAUGAUAGCACGCCGUGUUGGUGCCCAGUUUGACCCUGGCAGCAACAGGUACUGGAUAGAUUGCAAUGCCAGAUUUCCUGACCUCAUGUUGGAUGCUGAUUUGCCUGGAAAAACUAAGACCAUACCAGCGGCUCAACUUAUUCUCAAUGACUUUGAGCCCAGAAACAUGUGUGUCUUGGCAGUGGUUGGAAGGGAUCAGCCUUCGUUCGGUCCAACGCUUACACUAGGCGUACCUUUUCUACAUAGUUACUGUGCUAUUUUCAACAUCGAUGAAAUGAGGAUGCAAUUUGCCAAAAAUCUUGAUAAUCGACAGUUUACAACGGUUUCGAGUGAAACAGCGACUAGUACGAGUCGACCGGCAACGUUCUCAAGUAAACCAGUGACCAGUGUCUAUCCACCGAUAACGCUCUCAACGGAAGCAACAGCAACGGAUGCUAGUACUUGCAAGAUGUUUAUUUUGAGCUCACUAUGUGUGCUUCUUUUGAACUCGUUCUGA